CACACACACGCACACACACCUUUUGCAUGUGUAUUUGGAGAUAUAAAGGGAUUUUAUGACCUGGCUGUAUCCCCAAGUCACAUACUCUCUUGAAUGGCACUGUUGAAGGAUGCCUCAGGGUAAGGGAAAGGAAAGAUAAAAACUGCAGAGCUGGGAAUUCCCUGGUGGUUCAGUGGUUAGGACUCUGCACUUCCACUGCAGGGGGCACAGGUUUGAUCCCUGGUCAGGAAACUAAGAUCACACAUGCUGCGCAGCCAAAAAAACCCUGCAGAGCUAAGAUGGUCAAGGACAUAAUUGAGGCUAAGACUUGAGAAUUAAGAUAAAUUUCUUUUCACAACGGAAGGGGGUGGACGUUUUAGGGAAGAGGUGGUGAAAAGUAUGAUAAGUUUCAUGAGUGAGAGGUGAGUGGGAGGGUUCACUUAAACAAGGACAGGAUGCCUACUAGAUAGAGUGCUGGGCAAUCAGAUGAAUAGCAGAUAAGAUAAAAGUUACAAUAGUUGGAAUGGUGGGUUGGAAAAGAACCGUAGGACUUUUAGAUAAUACAAGGCAACAAGAUUUGGUGAUAUGGGGUGGUGAGGUGAAAAGUGAUAUUAGAAGGAUUUGAAUUAAUCCUUUGAAUUUGGGUACUUUUAGGAGGAAAACUAGUGGUAAUCCUACAAAAGAAAUUGGAGAACAAAGGAUAAAAAAUUAGGGGAUUGAUACUUUGCUGAACCAAGGGAUAAAAUGGGUGAAACACGAUGAGCUGUGCUUGCUCUUCUGUUCUUUGUGGAUGUUCACGUUCCGACCCCUUGUGACCCUUUCCUCUCCCCACGGUUGGACACCUACAGAAUUGAUGUCUUCCGCAUUUAAGGUAUGAUACUUCCCCAGAGACCUCUCUGCGAGGAAGUCUGGUCCAGCGAGAGUUCUUUCCACGAGGAGAGAGCGUUAGGUUCGAGCUCUCCAAUCCAGGUUUCUUUGAGUUUAUCUCUGUUUUAACCGGCUCGCCGGGUUUUCCAGCAUUCCCAGAGCUCCGAGUCUCUAAUCCGGGCUCCGAGUCUCUAAUCCGGGCUCCGUGUGACCGCGCGUUCCGAGACCCAGGAUUUGGUUCGUCCAUCCAUGUUCCGGGUUUCCCCUGCGCUCUACCGCUCCAGACUGCACACCAGCCCGGGAUCCGGAUCCGAGGGCCCGGUAGUCCAGUGUCCGGGUCUUGCGGGCGGCCCUGGUUGUCCCGGAUCGCGGCGGCGGCGGCGGUGGCGGCGGCGGAGGGACCCGCGGCCCCGGACACAGCGGCACCGGCGGGCGGGGCGGAGCGGCGCGAGGAGGGGGCGGAGAGCCGGAGACGAGGCGGGGUGGGGUGGGGGGGAGGGGCCGCGGGAACGGAUGGCGGCCUGGGCCCCGUAGCAGCGGCGGCUCGACGGCCCGGGGCCCGGGCGGGCGGAGGUGGCGGCUCCCGGGACCGGCCGCGCGCAAUGAUGUUGUCCACUGGGCAUAUACUGACCAAUGUGGCAGGUCUGAGAACAUAGCUGAAGCUGAAAAUAGGAAAGCUGGGGGCAAGGAAGAGCCUUGAAUCUUGAGGUGGGACGUUGACUCUAAGAUGUCCUUGAGCAGUGGAGCCUCCGGAGGGAAAGGAGUGGAUGCAAACCCGGUUGAGACAUACGACAGUGGGGAUGAAUGGGACAUUGGAGUAGGGAAUCUCAUCAUUGACCUGGACGCCGAUCUGGAAAAGGACCAGCAGAAACUGGAAAUGUCAGGCUCAAAGGAGGUGGGGAUACCAGCUCCCAAUGCUGUGGCUACACUACCAGACAACAUCAAGUUUGUGACCCCAGUGCCAGGUCCUCAAGGGAAGGAAGGCAAAUCAAAAUCUAAAAGGAAUAAGAGUGGCAAAGACACUAGCAAACCCACUCCAGGGACGUCCCUGUUCACUCCAAGUGAGGGGGCAGCUAGCAAGAAAGAGGUGCAGGGACGCUCAGGAGAUGGUGCCAAUGCAGGAAGCCUGGUUGCUGCUAUUGCUCCCAAGGGCUCAGAGAAGGCGGCUAAGGCAUCCCGCAGUGUAGCCGGCUCCAAAAAGGAGAAGGAGAACAGCUCAUCUAAGAGCAAGAAGGAGAGAAGCGAAGGAGUGGGGACUUGUUCAGAAAAGGAUCCUGGGGUCCUCCAGCCAGUUCCCUUGGGAGGACGUGGUGGUCAGUAUGAUGGAAGCACAGGGGUGGAUCCAGGAGCUGUGGAGCCACUUGGGAGUAUAGCUAUUGAGCCUGGGGCAGCGCUCAACCCUUUGGGAGCUAAACCGGAGCCAGAGGAAGGGGAGAAUGAGUGUCGCCCGCUAAAGAAAGUCAAGUCUGAAAAGAUGGAGUCCCCUGUCUCCACACCAGCAGUGCUGCCACUGCACCUUUUGGUGCCAGUGGUCAAUAAUGACAUCGCAUCCCCCUGUGAGCAGAUCAUGGUUCGUACCCGAUCAGUUGGGGUCAACACAUGUGAUGUGGCUCUGGCCACAGAGCCCGAGUGCCUGGGCCCCUGCGAACCUGGGACAAGCGUCAACCUUGAGGGCAUCGUGUGGCAGGAAACAGAAGAUGGGAUGUUGGUGGUGAAUGUAACAUGGAGGAACAAGACUUACGUAGGUACACUUCUUGACUGCACACGACAUGACUGGGCACCCCCCAGGUUCUGUGACUCUCCCACCAGUGACUUGGAAAUGCGCAAUGGUCGGGGUAGAGGCAAACGCAUGCGUCCCAACAGUAACACACCUGUCAAUGAGACAGCCACAGCCUCUGACAGCAAAGGGACCAGCAGUAGCAGCAAAACCCGAGCAGGAGCCAAUAGCAAAGGCCGUCGGGGCAGCCAGAAUUCUUCGGAACAUCGCCCAGCUGCCAGCAGCACCUCUGAGGAUGUCAAGGCCAGCCCUUCCUCAGCUACUAAGCGGAAAAACAAACCCCUUUCAGACAUGGAGCUGAAUUCUAGCUCAGAGGACUCCAAAGGGAGCAAGCGUGUCCGUACUAAUUCCAUGGGCUCAGCCACUGGCCCCCUCCCUGGGACCAAAGUGGAACCCACUGUUCUAGACAGAAAUUGUCCUUCCCCAGUCCUGAUUGACUGUCCCCACCCAAACUGCAACAAAAAGUACAAGCACAUCAAUGGACUUAAGUACCACCAAGCUCAUGCCCAUACAGAUGACGACAGCAAGCCAGAAGCAGAUGGAGACAGUGAGUACGGAGAGGAGCCCACCCUACAUGCAGACCUCGGGAGCUGCAAUGGUGCAUCUGUCUCACAAAAAGGUUCCUUGUCCCCUGCCCGCUCCGCUACCCCCAAAGUUCGGCUCAUAGAGCCCCAUAGCCCUUCUCCUUCAAGCAAAUUCAGCACAAAAGGCCUCUGUAAGAAAAAGCUGAGUGGGGAAGGGGACCCAGAUCUCGGGGCCUUAUCCAAUGAUGGCUCUGAUGAUGGACCCUCAGUAAUGGAUGAAACAAGCAAUGACGCCUUUGAAUCUUUGGAAAGGAAGUGUAUGGAAAAAGAAAAAUGUAAAAAGCCCUCUAGUUUGAAACCUGAAAAGAUUCCUUCCAAAAGUUUAAAGUCAGCCCGGCCCAUUGCCCCUGCCAUCCCCCCACAGCAGAUUUACACCUUCCAGACAGCCACCUUCACAGCAGCAAGCCCAGGCUCCUCCUCAGGCUUGACCACCACAGUGGUCCAGGCCAUGCCCAACAGCCCCCAGCUGAAGCCCAUUCAGCCCAAGCCCACUGUGAUGGGAGAACCUUUCACAGUCAACCCUGCCUUGACUCCAGCCAAGGACAAGAAAAAGAAAGACAAAAAAAAGAAGGAAUCUUCAAAGGAACUUGAAAGUCCUCUGACCCCUGGGAAGGUGUGUCGAGCAGAAGAAGGCAAAAGCCCAUUCAGGGAAUCAUCAGGAGAUGGGAUGAAGAUGGAGGUGCUCCUAAAUGGCUCCUCAGACCCCCACCAGAGCCGACUGGCUAGCAUCAAGGCGGAAGCUGACAAGAUCUACAGCUUCACGGACAAUGCUCCCAGCCCUUCAAUUGGAGGCUGUAGCCGCCUAGAUAGCACUACCCCUACCCAGCCCAUGACCCCCUUACAUGUAGUGACCCAGAAUGGGGCUGAAGCCAGCUCAGUCAAAACCAACAGCCCUGCAUACUCCGACAUCUCUGAUGCGGGGGAGGAUGGGGAGGGCAAAGUGGAAAGCGUCAAAUCAAAGGACCCUGAACAGUUGGCUAAGGACGGGGCCAAGAAAACCCUUUUCCCCCCUCAGCCACAGAGCAAAGACUCACCAUAUUACCAAGGCUUUGAGAGUUACUACUCUCCAAGUUACACACAAUCCAGCCCAGGGGCUCUGAACCCCAGCAGCCAGGCAGGAGUGGAGAGCCAGGCCCUGAAGACAAAAAAGGAUGAGGAGCCUGAGAGCAUAGAGGGUAAAGUGAAGAACGAUGCCUGUGAGGAAAAGAAACCAGAGCUGAGCAGUUCCAGUCAGCAGCCCUCCGUCAUCCAGCAACGUCCCAACAUGUACAUGCAGUCCCUGUACUACAACCAGUAUGCCUAUGUGCCCCCCUAUGGCUACAGCGACCAGAGCUACCACACCCACCUCCUGAGCACUAACACAGCCUACCGGCAGCAGUAUGAAGAACAGCAGAAACGGCAGAGCUUGGAGCAGCAGCAGCGGGGACUGGAUAAGAAGGCAGAGAUGGGCCUGAAGGAGCGGGAGGCAGCACUCAAGGAAGAAUGGAAGCAAAAGCCGUCAGUUCCACCAAGUCUCACCAAGGCCCCCAGCCUGACAGACCUGGUGAAGUCAGGACCCGGGAAGGCCAAGGAGCAAGGGGCUGACCCUGCCAAAUCAGUCAUUAUUCCCAAGUUGGAUGACUCUUCCAAGCUCCCCAGCCAGGCCCCGGAAGGACUUAAAGUAAAGCUGAGUGAGGCCAGCCACCUAGGCAAGGAGGCCUCUGAGGCGAAGACAGGUGCCGAGUGUGGCCGACAGGCAGAGGUGGAUCCAAUACUCUGGUACCGACAGGAAGCAGAGCCCCGGAUGUGGACAUAUGUUUAUCCUGCUAAGUACUCAGACAUCAAGUCAGAGGAUGAGCGGUGGAAGGAGGAGCGGGACCGCAAACUGAAGGAGGAAAGGAGUCGGAGUAAGGACUCUGUGCCCAAGGAGGACGGGAAGGAAAGCACAAGUAGUGACUGCAAGCUGCCCACGUCUGAGGAAUCCCGCCUCGGGAGCAAGGAGCCCCGACCAGGUGUCCACGUGCCUGUGUCCUCUCCCCUCACCCAGCACCAGUCCUACAUCCCCUACAUGCACGGCUACUCCUACAGCCAGUCCUAUGACCCCAACCACCCCAGCUACCGGGGUAUGCCUGCCGUGAUGAUGCAGAACUACCCAGGUACGGCACCAAAUUCCAGCUGCUGUUCCAUUCAGUGGGAAGGUUCCUACCUGCCUUCCAGCUACUCUUUCUCCCCGUAUGGCAGCAAGGUCUCAGGGGGUGAAGAUGCUGACAAGGCACGAGCCAGCCCCAGUGUCAGUUGUAAAUCCAGCUCAGAGUCCAAAGCCCUGGACCUCUUGCAGCAGCAUGCCAGUCAUUACAAGAGCAAGUCUCCCACGAUAAGUGAUAAAACUUCUCAGGAGAGAGAUCGGGGAGGCUGUGGGGCGGUUGGGGGUGGUGGCAGCUGUAGCAGCGUCGGGGGAGCAGGCGGGGGUGAAAGGAGUGUUGACCGGCCCCGAACCUCCCCUUCUCAGCGCCUGAUGUCCACACACCACCACCACCACCACUUGGGGUACUCACUGCUCCCAGCACAGUACAACUUACCCUAUGCAGCAGGGCUUUCUUCUACAGCCAUUGUUGCCAGCCAGCAAGGCUCCACUCCUUCACUCUACCCACCCCCCCGGAGGUGAGAAUGAAAGAACACCAAGUGCCCGGAUAAAGUCAGCUUCACGGGCCCAGACUGGCUCACCCAAGGAGGUGCUGGAGGUGCCAUUUAGACAUCAGUUAAAUGGUAUUGAUCAUCCUGUUUGCCGCUCCCACCAUGACUGAAGGCAGACCCUUGGUUAUCUCGCCUCCACCAGACCCCCGGACUCCCUGACCCUCCCUCUUCCUCAGGAGCUGGAGAGCCGGUACUUAGCAAAAAUAUUUAUUCUCUUGGCCACAGUAGUGACUCUUGUGGCCUCUGUGGAGGUGAAGGCACGGGGAGCAACCAGGGGAACAGGGCCUCAGCCCAGAGAAGUCACUGGUCUGUUCCCCAAGCCCCUGGUCAGCUGCCGGAGCAGUACCAAGCCCCCCAGGGAGGGACCCCCGAGCACUGGGUAAGGUCUGAAGACAGCACAGCAGCCAUACCCCUCUCACCAUCAUUACCACCAUCACCAGACCCUGCAUCUCCCCAGUGGUUUGGGCCCUGGGAACUGGCAGCACAUGGAGGGAUUAGAAUCUCAGGAAAGAAAUUGGGGGCUGUUUUCUCUGCAGUUGUGAAAACAAGGUCUUCAAACAUGAAGACUUCUCCCGUCUCACAUGAGCACAUGUAAACGCUCAGAGCCCAGCCUGGAAAGGGAGACCUAGGCAUUUGCCCCACCAUGGCCUUGGGCUGCCUGUCAGGCAGAGGGCCAGGGGUCCCAACACCAGCACAGAGCUCCCCGGGGAUUCCGGGCGAGAGCUUGAGCUGGAGCACGAAUUGGAGUCUGUGAACUAGAAGCUGCAACCCCACUAAGCCCUGCUGCUGCUCAGCCCCCACUCCUUGCCCUUUUCUCACCUCCCUCCCGACCCCUUGGUGCCUUUCCCAGGGGGAUCCCCACACUGAUCUUUCCUCUUCUUUUCCACUGCUUGGCUCUUAAGGCUCAGGCAGGUAAAAUAGUCUCCCCCAGCAUGGGGAGCUUUGGAGUCUGCCAGGUCACCUGAGCGCAAGCCAGGAGGCAGGCCCUGGUAGCACCCAGCCCUUCUAGGAGAUGUCCUGUCCAAGCAGCCAUCUGAGUAUCCUCCUCAUCUAGGGCCACAAGUCUAUACAGCCCAAUUUCUCUGUACACAACUACAAGACUUUAUGUAGCUCAACCUGUAACCCCAUGUGUGCCAAUAUAAGCCGUGUUUUUUUUGUAAAACACUUUUUUGUUUUAGGGGCUACUGACCAUGGGAGAUUAUCUAUUCCUUAGACCCUGGGAUAACACAUGCGAGCCAUUACUCCUUGGAGCCACAGAGUGUAGUCAUGGAGCUGUGCUUUGAGGCAGAGACGUUUCUCUGCUCUCCUUAGAAAUGCAGUCCCAGUCCAGGCUCUAUGCUGUGUCACUGGGAAAGUGACAGUGAUUUGGUAGCUUUAUUGGAGUCACUUCUUCCCCAAGGUGUGGGGAGCUUUAGCUCUUAGUUUUUGACGUAUCAUCCCUUUGUCUUCUUCCUCUCCUGUCUUUCGUUGACCUUGUGGAUUGAGAGAGAGAUGAAGACUGACAGACACCAACCUAGGUUAGAGAUGGGUGUUUGUGACCAGAGUGCCAAAAAUGACCAUUUAAGAGCAGGGACUUGGCUCUGACAGUUUGGGGCAUGGAGAUGAAAGACAGUAAGCACAAUGCCCAGUGGAAGCUGCGUUCCAAGAUCCCCAGAGCCCUGUUCUAGAGAGGCUUAGGGUCUUUUGCCCAAGAGGAGCCCCUCUGACCUAUAGACCUUUCCUCUAGGUUUCCAUGUCCUUGUUUUUGUUCAAGUUGGGUUCUGAGCCCUCCCCAAAACCCCACUGAUUUAGACCUCUUAACAGGCCCCAGGCAGCCUCCCUUCCCCAUUCAGUCCUUCUGCCUCCUGAUGCCCCAGCAGGCAGUGCUCUGAGCAGUGACUUCCCUUUUACCCAUGGAGGUCGUUGGUGUGGACACCUUAAUCCCACCUGAAUUUCAGCCUGAUUUUGCCCUCCCAGACUCUGUCGGGUGGAGCCAAGGCCCAUCUCUGUUCCUGUUUGUUUUUAAAUAUUGUUGUGUGUUUUGUAUCUGGCGCUGGCUUUUACAGCGUGCUCUGUACAUAUUGUGAAGAAACGGUUUGGAGUCAUUUUCUUUCCUGUUGGGCAGGCAUGGCCCCUUUCCACUUUGUUCUAUAACAGAGAAGAAGAGCUUCUGUAUUAGCAGGGCAUCCUUGGGUUCUGCAGAAGGGAACAGUUUUUUCUUUUUUUUCCUUAAAAAACAUUUGGCUCUUUGAUCCUUAUAUCCAAGUCUCCCUUGAAAGGCAGGAGCUGAGCUGCCCAGAAGAGCAGGUAAAAGGAGCAGUGGCAGAAUGGCACUGCCUUCGCCUGAUCCCUGAUCCUCCUGGUCCCCGAUCCUUGCCAGGUCCAGUCUUCCCUCCCUGAAGUAACACAGAACAGCAGCACUGAUGGAUGAAAUAGAGACCCUUAACGAGUACUGAGUGAAGGGUUUGCUGUCCGCCCCUAACCUCUCUCCGUGGGGAGAAAGAACACAGAGGGGGAAACUGUGGCACCCAUGACCUGGUCAUAGGGAUGAGACACUCAAGGAUUCCCACCCACCUUACCCCAGCAAAGGCUGGAAGUGUUGGCUGCUAAGGGCCGAGCCCACCAGGCCAAGGCUCUCUCUGAGCUACCCCUGCCCAGUUCUUUUGACAGACAUUGCUCCUUCAGGCCCCACAGAGAAGCUGGAGGGAAGAAGCCUUGUCCCCAGGUAGGACAGCCAUGGCCUGGAGAGCUGCUCUUUAGGAUUCACAUCUGCUUCUUCCUCAUUUAAGCUGUGCCAGUUCCCCUCAUCCCCUUUCCCUGCCUGUACAUGUAUGUAUACAUGUGUAUUUCCUUCUCUUACCUCAACCUCUCCACACAUCUCAAGGUCAAAGGACCACAUGCAGAAGGGUUAAGACGGCACCCCAUGAAGUGAAAUGAUGCUUCUUGAACCUCUUCUCUCCAGGCUCCAAGGUGGGGGUGGAAGGGCUUGGUCUCGGGAGUGGGAGGGUAAGACUACAGAAGGGCUAGAGUGUUACUGUAUACGGGCUUUGAGGUCACCCACGCCACUUAUUAUCCCAUGUACCCUACCACCAUCUCAGUGUCUACUCUGAUGCCCCCAAGAUUCAACUGGGCAGCUAGCUGGCCCCAUAAUUCUGGGCCUUUGUUAUCUGUUUUAUUAUUAGGGCAUCCCAGGAAGCUUUCCGAUGAUCCUCUGCCAUGGGCCCCUCCUGGGAUCAAGCCCCUCCCAGGCCCCGUCCCCAGCCCCUCCUGCCCCAGCCCACCCGCUUGCCUUGGUGCUCAGCCCCCCAUUGGGAGCAGGUUGGGGCGAGCUGGAGGCCCGGGCUGGAGGGGCAGUGUUGCUGUUCAUAGCUUUUGUUCCACUGGCAUUGCUCUGUUGGAUUUAAUUUUAGUCUUCCUGAUUCUUCCCUUCUGUAAAGUGUACAUUACCAAGUUCCUUGUUUUUUUAUAUAUAUAUAUAUAAAUAUAUAUAUAUACAUACAAACUGUACUCUUUUUGCCUUUGUACAUUCAGGCAAGAAGAGAAAAUAAAUCUUUUUAAGAGACAAUCACAAACCUGUGAGGGCUGCUGGUUAUUUCUCCUGGAGUUUGCUGCUGAGCUGCCUCCUCUUUCCUCCUCACUUUUCUCCCUCAGCUUUCCUGAUCUUCCUGGUCCUGCUCCAUAUGCAUCCUCAGCUCCACCUUCCCUGGCUGAUGGCAAGCUGUUGAAUCAGUGUCCAGAUUACCUGCCCUGCAGCUCUUUCCUGCCCAGCAGUAUUUUCCAGCUUGGCCGCGGGCUUACCCAGGAGCUUUAUCCUGUGCCCUGGCCUCUCCUGUCUUCUCCCAUAGAUCCCAUUCACCAAAGUGGCUUUGGACCCCUGGGUACUCUGGGACCUGUCUCCCAGAGGCCCUGGCUUUGGACACUCACCUGUGAAACUAUGCAGCUGGGAGCUCUUUGCCUAAGAGUUUGCACUACUUCUUAAACCUGCCUGGGCAUUAGAUCAGAUGGUUUUUAGGACUGAGUGGGAAACUAGCCUCUAACACUCCCCCAGAUGCCAGCCUCCAGAGUUGCUCUGAUCCACAGCCCAGAGAAUCAUUCCUGGCCGCUGAACUCCUGUGGCUACCCCAUCAGAACAAGGGCUAAGGGCUUAUGGGUCAAGAGCAUUUGAUCAAAUUUCAAAGGGUGGUACAUUCGGAAACACAGCCCAACCAAAACCAUUGUUCCACCUCUUGAACUUUCUCCUUUUCCUCUGACUUCCUCCUCCCCCCUUUUUUUCCCCCUAUCUCUCUACUUCCUUUUCUUAAUUGGCUUUGGACUUGAAGUAUAUUUUUAAAUUAUUAUUUGUUGUAUUUAUUGAAUAAAGUUUUUAAUGUCCCUGUUCUUAAAUUUAGACUUAGUUUGCCUUUCACAUACCUCCCCUAUCCUACUCCACCCUCCCACUCCCAAAAUAUUUCCCCUUCUAAGUUGCUUUUUUAAUUGCAGAUUUUGGGUACCAUAUUUCUUUCCUGACAGUGGUCUUACCCUAGCAGAAGUUUUUUCUUUUUGAAAGAGAAAUCUUAGCUGAGUGCCUGGGUUUCCAAUUCAGCCUUUCUAACUCUGGCUGUGUUAAAGAGGAGCCACCAGCAGAUGGCAGCAAAGUCUCAGGCACGUUUGCUGUCCACUCGCUAGCUUUGCAGAUGAGAACUGUUUUUCUUGGUUCCUUAUCCCUCCCUGCCUUAUAGAUUCCUUGGGUUUGAAUUUAACAUCAGAAUCUUAAACUGCCUACAUUAACUUGGCCAUUGUCAGCAUUCAUGUGGACCUCUGUUGUAAAUAUCUCACUGUAAUGACCACUUUUCAGUCACGGACUUUAUAAUACCUCUAAGGAUUAUGUGCUCAGUGGAAGACAUCUUCAAAGCCCUUCAUAUUUCAGUUGAAUCAUCUCUAGGCCCAAAGUUUUUUUUUUUUUUGGCCGCAAUGCACGGCAUGUGGGAUCAGAUCUCCGACCAGAGAUUGAACCUGUGCUGCCUGCAGUGGAAGCAUGGAUUGAUUCCUAACCACUGGACCGUCAGGGACGUCCCCAGGCCCAGACUUUCUACUAAUACCGUGUGGGGUAGAGGUGCUGAACUCCUUUUCAUGAGUAUUAGGUAGAGUCCAAGAUUAAUGACUUGUCCAGGGUGAAAACACAGGUAAGCUCCACACAGAACAAUGUGAAAAUAGGCCAAAGACUCAGAGGAUGUAAAGACAGCCACAGCUCAAAAGUAAGUAAACAGUUCUAAAGCUGUAGGAGGUGGAAAAACAUGCCCAGCACUUCAUUUGGGAAAACAGAAAAGCAAAAGGGAAAAAAAAUACUGGCGAGAAAUUAAAAAACAAAACAUAGGUGAAGAGGAUUCUAGCCCCCUCCAAUGCCACUGAGAGCUUAUCCAUCAGGCUGGCGGUACAGGGGAAGGGCAGCCAUGCCUUACGGCACUGGGCUCCAAAAGGAGAAAACUACCUUCCUAGGGAAGGUGUGUUCCGCUUCCUUCAGACACCCCAGGAAUGGGAAUGUCGGGCAGCUCCAUGUGAAAGCCAAAACCCAGUUUCAGGACCCAGCCUUCUACACAAAAACUAAGAAGGGCUUGGAUCCUGGUAUGUAUAGCCCCUAUUCUGGAUGAAGCUCUGUGUACAUACCUGUCUCUAGGGGGCUCCAGCAUUCUGUCCCAGACUCCUAGCAACCCCGAGUUUUGCGUUGUAACGUGGCCCCAGAGACCUCAGCCGUUCAUCUGUCCUGAUGCACUGCUGCUUUUUUCCUGAGAAGCAUGUAUCACACCCCUGCUGGGCUGGGCUCUAGACUCAAAAGACAGCAGUAGAGGAAGCUGGCCCUGGUACAGGAAUAAAGGACAGACCAACCACAACUUUUAAUCAGUUUAUUGACACAGUAACACAACACACUUGCCUCCCUGACACCCCCACCCCCUCGCCCAGUCUAGACCUCUCCCCCUUCCUCCCCCCUUAGAACAAGCUGUUCAGUGAAAACAGAAAAGGGCAGGCCACUUCUACACCCUCAGUGCCACUGCCAAGCCCUGGGGAGCAGGGUCUCAGGCACUACUCAGAAACUGUCAGAGAGGGGCGCCGUUAGCACUAGACUUAGCCAGGCAGAGGCGUCCCGUCCCUCGGAGCAGAUUCUCCCACAACCCCCAGGCCCUGAGCUGCUCUUCCUCUUGCCCUCUGCUGUCUGUGACCCUAGGAAGGACAUACCUUGGGCCUGCGGCCAAGAGCGAGAACUCCUGGCCGUAAUUUGAGAAUUGGAGUUUGGCUAGUGUUUUUUAAGGCCCAGGCACCCCAAAAAAAGCCCUGGUGGUGGGUGUGAACUUCAAUGCCCCUAUUUUAAAUGCACUGAUAACGUGAAACAGAUUAAGCCAGCUUAACCAAAUGCCAGAAUAACACGAAGCUGUAAAGGAGGGGUCAGACCUGCUUUCUCCAGGCCAGACACAAAUGCACAGAGAGAAGCCCAGGUGGAGUGUCAAAAACAACUGAAGGACACUGCCCAGGGGCUGAAAAGCCUAUACUCCGGAGUCCCCAGGGUGACAGGAAGCAAGGAAAGAAAAUACACAGGUCUUAAAAACCAAAAAAGAAA